CCGUCUGCGCAGUGGGGCGACAGAGAACGGAUUUCGGCUCACCGGAGACAGGGGGAAGGAUUGCGGGCGGGAGCCCGGCGCGGAGGAUGCGGGCCGGUUUCUAGAGGUGGGGGCGGGGAAGCGCUCCCCGGAGCCAGAUCGCGAGCCACCCGGAGAGGGCGGAGCUGGGGCUCUCCCCCCCCUGCCCCACCGCGAGGGGAGCGGACGUCCUGCCGCAUGGCGGACGAGGAGGAGGAGGACUGGUACCAGCGGAGGGACGAGGACAGCUCACUGGAGGACGAGGCGCGGCCGAGGGGCCCACUGACGUGGGACGAGAGGAGGCACAGGUCGCGCUGGGAGGAUGAUGAGACCAGCGCGGAGGACACCGCGACCUCGCCGACCGAGUCGGAUGAAGGGACCUACUGGCAGAUGUUGUGCGGCAGCCCCUGGAAGAAGGUGGCAAUCGGAUCGCUGACCAUCGCCGCGGUGUGCGCCAUCAUCUCCGUUAUCCUCUACAGCGAAGGUACCCGGAUGAGGAGGGAGCUGGUCUCUAAGCAGGUUGCCCUGGACUACGCUCUUAGCAACUACAGCGAUGCCAGGGAGUCCAUGAACCGGCAACUCUCUCCUUCUGACUGUGUUCAUUACGAGGAUACCUUCAAGAACUGGAUCCAAACCUUCUGCAGGAUCAUCAAUUGUACCAGCGAUCUGUGCCACAAGUCCUGGGCCCCGUACCAGGGCCACUGUUACUACUUCUCCAGGACUAUCCUGGGCUGGGAGGAAAGCCGCCAGAACUGUAUCUCACAGGGCGCGGAGCUCCUGGUCGUACAGAGUGAGGACGAACAGGAAUUUGUGUCGGAACAUAACCGGAGCCGGGCCUACUGGAUCGGGAUAAAGGACAAUCCGCUAGAAGCGACGUGGACCUGGGUGGACGGGACCACCUUACGGGAGAACCUGAUGUUCUGGGACCAAAACAAGCCGGACAGUCAUUUUGACUAUGAGCUGGAGGCUUUCAGGAACUGCGUGUACCUGCACCGAGGGGGUUGGUCAAACGCAGUCUGUAGCAGCCCCCAGUACUGGAUCUGCAAACGGAGGUCAGAACCUCCCCCGAUGAACUUGUGAGGGAGAGGCACCCCUCGCCACUCCCUCCCGCCCCGCGAUUGGGUGUGGUUGGGCUUCGGUGGCGGGGGGAAAGACGGGGGGCAAACGGCGACUUCCCGACCCGAGAGGCCUCGUGGACCAUUUGGCUGCGGGAGACGGACGGCAGAUCCACCCCUACCCCUCGCAGCAGCUCCACCAGGAAUCGAAAGGAGCCGGGGGGGGGUUAUGGGGAGAUUGG